AUGAGAAUUCUAAUUACUUUAUUGUUUAUUCUAGAAUCUAUUUCAGGUGUAGAACAAUGUUAAUGUUCCAAUUUUACUCAACCUUAAUACUGUACAUCAUUUUAAGGAUGCUAUUGGAAUGGGAAAAAUUGUUAUCAACCAAAUUGCACAGAGAUUACAUAAUAAUCGAAAUGCAUAGCUCCUUUAUGUGCUUGGUAUUUGGAGAAAUGUCAUGAUGGAUAGUAGUGUAACUUUUACACAGAUAAACAAAUUUGCAAUCAAAUAUUUGGAUGUGUCGCAAAUGAUGGAUAUUGUCUUCCUUAUGAAGAUUGUAAUUUUCAAACCUAAGACAAGUGUAAUGGCAUAACUCCUACAGGAAUAUAAUGUUUUUGGAAUUCAUAAACUUAGAGUUGUCUUAAAUUUUAAACUUGCAAUAGAUUAUCAUUGGAUAAUAAUGAUUGCAAUUCUAUACCUUAUUGUAUAUAAAAGAAGAAAUAAUGUGAAAGUUUUAGUACCUUAAAAUGUUCUGAUAUGGAAAGUUAAUAUGAUUGUAGCAGAAUGGCAUCAUAUGAAUGUUCAUGGUAAAAUAAUCAAUGUGAAUCUGUUGCUUGUUCCACUUAUACAACUCCAUCAUCUUGCAGUGUUAAUUCUUGCACUUGGAAUGGAUCAACUUGUUUAUACUGCCCAGUAAGCAUUAUGUAUACAUAUUUUCUAGGUUGA